AUGUCACCAUCAAAUCGGUCUAAAUCACCUCCGAAAGUCACUCGUCAAGCAGAUCCAUCACCCAAACGUACAAUAGUAAAUGAUACAAUCAACACCGAAAGACUUAAACUUGCAAGAGAUGAAGCAGAACGAGCAAUGAAAGAUCAUAAAAUAUUUACAAUUAUUGGGCCAUAUCCAGCACUUCGAGAAUCUUUACGACGGCGUGGUUGGGUCGAAAAAUUCUAUCGAGGUUCUACAUUACCAUCUGUUCAUGGAAAUAAAAAAUCCGAUAAGAAAAAUAGUAAAAGUGAUGAUGAUGAUGAAGACGACAACGAUGAUGACAACAACAACGACGAUGAUGAUCUUGAUGAUCAUCCGUCGUACGAAGACGAGGAUAAAGUUCCGCCAUGGGAAGAAAAUGAUGGUUACUAUGGAAUUUUAUCACGGCUUGUAAGAGCAGCUGCACCAAAUUUGAUUUGGAGUGUUCGAGCUUCAUACGAUACAAGUACAUUAGCAAAAGAUCAAAUGGUUAAUCAUUAUUCAAGAAAUGGUUGUUUUACAACGAAGGUUGGUCUUUGUAAUAGUCUACGUAAUUUACAGUGGUUUCAUUCGGGUUGUGCUGAUGAAUUUUAUCCACGAUGCUAUAAAUUAUCUCAAGAAGAUGAUAAAGUUGCUUUUGUUGAUGAUUAUCGUCUUACAGCAUGUAUUAGUUUUCUUAAACUUAUUCAAAAUCGAUGUAAAGGAGUUAUUGAACCAGACAUGAAUUCAAUUCUAGCCAUGAGUUCAGAUGGUCCCGAUGAUCCUAAAACACCAAUGCCGACUAUUGACGAACAAUUGCCAUUAACAAGAUCAUUGACAAUGCCUCCUGGCCAAUUAUUAUUCAAAUCUUUGAAUGGAAAAACUUCAGCAAAAAAAGUGCCUGUAUCUGCUAUUGAAUUUGCUUUGUAUAAAGUCAAUCAUUUCACGUCAUCUCGUGAUCACGAAGAUAUCGAUAUGGAUUCCGAGAUGCACAUAGAUCCAACCGAUGAACAAUGGACACAAUUUAUUGAACAAUUCUAUGCUGCUGCACAUUCAAAUGUUGAUAUUGAUGGCAUGGAAAGAUUUUUAUCUAGAAUUGAUGAAUGUUUGAAAAAAGUUGCACAUCAUUGUCCACAAUAUCAUAUUGAUGGUACAAGAAACAUUUGGAUUCUUAAACCUGGUGCUAAAUCAAGAGGACGAGGAAUUGUUGUUUAUGAUCGUCUGGAAGAUAUAUUAAAAUUAUGUUCAUCUACAUUAACAAAAGAUGGGAAAUUCGUUGUACAAAAAUAUAUUGAAAGGCCAUUACUUAUUCAUAACACAAAAUUUGAUAUACGUCAAUGGUUUUUAGUAACCGAUUGGAACCCAUUAACUAUAUGGAUGUUUAAAGGUUGUUAUUUACGUUUUUGUACAGAACAUUUUAGUUUAGAAACACGAAAUCAAAAUGUACAUCUAUGUAAUUAUUCAAUACAAAAACAUUAUAAAAAUAAUUCCAAUCGACACAAUGACUUACCAGUGGAAAAUAUGUGGACAAAUCAAGAAUUCAUUGAUAAAUAUCUUCGACCAAAUCAUUUAACUGAUCGUUGGGAUAAAUUAAUUUAUCCAGCAAUGAAAGAUGCCAUUGUAUGCUCAAUGUUAGUUGCUCAAGAUACCAUAGAUGCAAGAAAAAAUUCAUUUGAAUUAUUCGGUGCUGAUUUUAUGCUCGGUGAAGAUCUUAAGCCUUGGCUGAUUGAAAUAAAUUGCAGUCCAACAAUGGCUCGCUGUACUGCUGUGACAACGGAUAUGUGUGAUAGUGUUCUCGAAGAUACUUGUAAAGUUAUGAUCGAUCGAAAAUAUAAUCGAACAGCUGACACCGGUAGAUUUGAAUUAAUUCACAAGGGAACACCUGUACCUGUUCCAAUAUAUGUUGGAAUUGACUUGCGUGUUGAAGGUAAAACAUUUAAAACUGGUAGAUCAGCAAAUAAUUUUCGUACUGUAUCACCUGAAACACAAAACAAUAAUACUAAUAAUAAUAACAAUACAUUCAAUUUGCAUGCAUCGGCGCCUUCUCAUAUGAAUUCAUCAUCUUUAUCAACAUCAUUAUCGAUGACACCCGCAGAAAAUCGUCCUGUUCUUGCACAUUCAGCUAGUGCUCUUGCUACACACCUUCAAUCUUCGUCGUCGAAAAGUUCCAGUAGUCCUGUCUCUCUUAAACUUCGUCGUGAAAUGACACAGCCAACAUUAACACGUAUUGACGUGGCUCCUAUAGCAGACUCGUCACUUGAAAAACUGGCAGCGAGCGAGAAUUAUUUAUUUCAGUUUCGCUCAGUGCCUAAUACUAAUACUAAUAUUAUUACUAAUAAUAGUAAAUCAAAUCAAAAUCAACAAGCUGAUUUACGACAACGACACCUAAAAGUCACACCAGCUCGUCUAUCUGUUGAUUUUCUUCCUGUGCGUCAAAUAACUCGAACGAAAGUUACUAAUGCUCUCCCGUCACCGAAAGAUGUUAAAUUGCCAAAGAACUUUCCAUUCUAUCGUCAAUGCCAAAGAACUUCAUCAUCGAAAUUUUUUCAAUUAUCACCAACAACAACAACUCAUUCAAAAUUAAUAAAACAGCCAAAAACAACAGUUGACUCUUCUAAUUUUAUCACAGUGUCAGUUCUUACGAUUCCAUCUACUAUUGAAAACAUAUCAACUGUCAAUGAUAAUCAUGGACAUAAUGCAUCAUCAUCGUCUAUUCUUACUGUUGUAUAA